CUAAAGGUCAUAGCCCCACACCCUUUGCCCUUUUCUGCUGUCCAAGCAAAGAAAAAAAUAUAUAAAAUCAAAAUGAAAGGUUACUCCAAAAUCAAAAUAAUUUCCUCUGUCCAACCAAGAUCCAUGGACAUCUCAGAUCCUUUAUUUCUUGAACCCACAAAAGCCAAUAACUAUACAGAUAAUACCCAUUUCAAGAAAACCCAAGAAACCAACUUCAGUAAUUUGGUGAACAUUAGCCCUAAACCUCUCACCAACAAAAUCAAGAAUCAAGAAUCACCACUUUCUUGGAUUCAAGAAGAUCAAGCAAGCAAUAACAAUGGAGAAAUCUUUAAUAGCUACAAGCUUAAAAGAAACACUUCAGUUUCUUCUGGAGAAAUCUUUAAUAUCCAGAAGCUUAAAAGAAACUCUUCAGUUUCUUCUGCUUCUACUGCAAUCCAUUCUGCUGUCAAAAAAGCAUUUUCCAUGAAAAGAUCUUCUUCAGUAUCUGAAAGGUAUUGUAGGAUCCAUGACCAGUCUUUAGCUAUACCAUCAACUACUUGCGGUGGUGGUGAUGAUGAUGAUGAUUCUUUGGACACAACAAGAUCUAUGAAGAGAAAGAAUAGCAAAAGGAUCCUUAGAGCCUGUAAGAAACUUCUUGGACUGUAGCUUACUUUUUUUUUCUGCUUUUUCAUUUUGUUUUUAAAAAAUUAUGUUACCUUCUCUUAUUGUCUGUUUUGUUAUGGGUUUGUAAAAUAGUGAAGUAGAUUUAUCUAUUCAAAUAAAUAUACUUUUGUUCUUGUGGUGCAAAGCAAAGGCAAAGGCAAGAAGGCUGUAGCUAUUGUGACUUUGUGUAAUUUUAUUUUGUCCAAUCUUGAUCACUAUUAUUAUAUUCGAAUGAUGAUGCCAUUUAUUCUCUUGAAAA